AGACACUCUCUCGUACAUAUACACGCAUAACUUCCGAACGGCAUCAUCUCGGACAUCAACCCCGUUUUGACGACGCGAAGCCCGUCGACGCGUAGAAUCUGCCCGCGAAUCUGCCCGCGAAUCAUCCGGGACCCGCAGAAGAAGAUGAUGUUGACCGAUCGGACGCAGGCCCUUGCAUGUCCGCUUGAUGUUACGGCUGGCGGUAUAUAGCUUUGGAUGGACGGCCGCUUGAAAUCUUCGCGACCGAGCGCUUGAAAAAGACGUCAGGCUUCACUGCACAUCGCUGCGCAACUUUCUUCGUCUCCCUCCCCCCGCCUUUCCGUCUCUUCUCCUCUUCCACAUCUCUUGCCAUGCUCAAGACGCUGAUCGCCCUCGCUCCGCUGGCGAGCCACGCCCUUGCCGGGGCCACGCCAUCGUACCUAAACUAUACGACAGUGACGGGCUACUUCCUUCAGGACGAGGCGUCAACGAAUGCCUCCACCUUCGACUACACCGCCGUCAACUUCGGCCUCAUCAACCGGACGUACGAUGGCGUGCCCGCCGAGGGCAAGACGCAGUGGCAGCAGUUCGCCGAAGAGGUCGCGCGGCUGAACGCCGCGGCGCCGCGGGGCACGUCGUACAAGGUGCUCUUCCUGGGCCGCCACGCGGAGGGCUAUCACAACGCGGCCGAGAGCUACUACGGAACGCCGGCUUGGAACUGCUACUGGUCGCUCCUGAACGGGAACGGAACCGUGAGCUGGGAGGACGCGCACCUGACGCCCGCCGGCACGGCGUCCGCGCAGAAGGCGCACAACUUCUGGAAGCACGAGAUCGAGGUGCAGAAGAUCCCCACGCCGGACGUCUACUACACGUCCCCGCUCGCGCGCUGCCUGGAGACCGCGAGCGUCACCUUCGGCGGCCUGGACCUGCCCGCGUCCAAGCCCUUCGUGCCCACGGUCAAGGAGUACCUUCGUGAGGGCAUCAGCCUGCACACGUGUGACCACCGCAGCAACAAGACUUGGAUCCAGGCGGCAUACCCGAGCUUCAAGAUCGAGCCCGGCUUCACGGAGUACGACGAGCUGUGGAACGGUAUCACGGCCGAGUCCUCGACCGCGCAGGACGUCCGCUCGAGAGCCGUGCUCGACUCCAUCCUGGCGUCCUCUUCGUGCAAGACGUCCCCGACGUACAUCAGCAUCACCUCCCACUCCGGUGAGAUUUCCUCCAUCCUCCGUGUUCUGGGUCACAGGGCCUUCUCGCUCAAUACCGGGGCCAUCAUCCCCGUGCUUGUGAAGGUGGAGAAGAUUGCCGGGACGACGACCACGGCUGUGGCGACAUAUACCACGAGUGCGCACUGUACUGUCGCACCCCUGAGCAGCAUCAAUGGCGGUGCUUGCGUGUGCCCGGCAAGUGCUACCCCAGUCACGAGUCGCCUGGUCACGGAGACUCCAGUGGUGAGCCCGUUUACAAUCUUCACGCCGACUGCCGCAGCUGGCCAGCGUCGUUGAAUUUGGUUCAGCGAUGCACUCCACCUAGUACCCAUAUUUAAAAAACUGCGGUUGAUUGUUGUACAUAUCAUUUAGCCAUUAAUAGUAAUGCUAAUGCGAGAGAUGCUUCUGAGGUACUAAUCGACACAUAUUACGCAUAAAUUGGUAACAUUUGCGGAUAUUUGGAAGUCAGAGCGCCGCUAGCAAAGCCCGUGUUUCCCAGAACAAUUAUGUGUGGAGACUUGGUUGGAGCAAAAGUAACGACUCCGUCAUAGCGAAAAAAACAUUACUGCCAAAGCGCAGCACUUCCAUAACUCGAAAUAUAUAGUUCUUGUUGAGAAGGAAAAUGGGCAUGUGCGAUACGAAAACUAGG